CGUCGACGGCGUAGGUUGGCUGGGCAGCCCCAAAAGCCCAGGCACCGGUCCUCCCACGUGAGCGCACCGCGCGGACCGCGAGCGACCAUGUCCCAGGCCGCCAACAACCAGUGCUGUGGGAGCAACAAGCGCUGCUCGGGCACGGCCGUUGUGGUCUGCGCCAGCAUUGCCACGAUCAGCAUGACUAUUUGCGCGCUCUUCACGUUCGACAUACCGCUCUACGCGUGGUUCGGAUGGAUCAAUGUGAUUAUGAACGUCACAGUCCUCGUCACGGCGUCGAUUUUCGUCUGCCAGUGUUGUGGCGAGGAGGGCUGCAAGCCGCAUCUGGUCCAAGGCAUUAUGAUGGCUUAUUGUGUCCUAGCCGUAAUCAGCUUCAUCGUCUGCGCGUCGGGCGCCGACGCCGCGAUCCGCCACAACUGCGAGGACACGAUCAAGUGCGACUCGGCGGAGCCGUGGACUGGAGUUUCCUGGGACGACGACUGCGGCCAGAAGACCUCGCGGUUCCAGCUCUGUACGAACCCGGACACCGGGGGCGGGCACCUCUACUACUCGAAGUGGGGCGACGACUGCGACGACGGCGGGGGCAGCGACGACCAAUGCCGCGCCUUCGCGACGGAAAAGGACUGCUGGAACUACUGCAACCCUCACGACGACGACAUGGACGCGACUGAUCAGUGCGACGGCGUCGGCGACCCGGAUCGCUGCAACGACGGCUCGUCGAUCCACGCCCACGCCCACCUCCUCGCCUUCUGGAGCUCCAUCGCGAUCGCGCUGCUCCUCGUGCCGAGCGUCAUCUGGACGUUCUGCCUCUUCCAGCCGGACCCUCCCAAACCUAGUGAGCCGCCCACCGUACAAGCCGUCGAGAUGGCGACGGUCCAGGUCCGCGCCGCACACGCCGCCGCGCCUUCUGUCGUCCUGCAGGCCGCGCCGCAGCCCCAGGUCAUCUACGCGCCGCAGCCGCAGACGGGCCAGGUCAUCUACGCGCAGGAGGAGCCCGUGAAGGGGUCUAGUGAAGGGGGCGUAGUCCUAUAA